AUGUGGAUAGUACCACGAAGUCAUUCAUCAAGAAAAAAAGAAACAAGGAUAUAUACCAACAUGAAAACAUUCAGUAAUCAGAAGAGAAUACACACAACGCAUCAGACCAGAAAGUGCACACGAUGA